AUUUAGUUUUAUGUGAACGCUAAUAACGGGCAGGUGCACCAGACUCGCGACUCGUUCGCAAUAAAGACGUAAAAAAUCACUAAUUAUUCAGAUAAAUAAAAAAGCGGAACGAUAUCAACUGUAACUUUAAACUUUUACGCCCACUGGAGCCGGGUCACAGACGGUCACAAUUAUUACAAGUUAUCCGAGAGGAAGAAGAACAACAAGUCAUGGCUCGCGAAGACGAGGAAAGCAUCGUGGACAACGAGCAAGUGGAGGAACAGCCCGAGGAGACGGAGACACAGAUUCGCGGCAGGCAGGAUAAUGAGCUGGAGCUGCCCAGUGGCUGCUGUAUGCCGACGAGCAAAUGUCAUCGCUUUCAGGCAUUGAUUUUUAUGUGCCUGCUCGGCUUUGGAUCGUAUUUCUGCUAUGAUAAUCCGGGCGCUUUGCAGGAUGUCUUCAAACGGGAACUGGAUUUGAGUACAACACAAUUUACGCUCAUCUAUUCGAUCUACUCGUGGCCGAACGUUGUCCUCUGCUUUCUUGGCGGAUUCCUGAUCGAUCGUCUGUUUGGCAUACGACUGGGCACGAUUAUCUAUAUGCUGAUCCUGUUGGUGGGGCAGCUAAUCUUUGCCAGUGGCGCCUUGCUGGACGCCUUCUGGCUCAUGAUCAUUGGUCGGUUUAUCUUUGGCAUAGGAGCUGAAUCGUUGGCUGUUGCGCAGAACAGUUAUGCGGUGCUCUGGUUUAAGGGCAAGGAGCUGAACAUGGUCUUUGGCUUGCAGUUGUCUGUGGCACGUUUCGGCAGCACUGUCAACUUUUGGGUGAUGCAACCCAUCUAUGAUUACGUUAGCAAAUUCUAUGAAUCAUAUCGGGCACUUGGCGUCGUCCUGCUCCUCGCCACGAUCACCUGCGUCCUGUCCUUACUGUGUGCCUUGAUACUCGGUUGGAUGGAUAAGCGAGCGGAACGAAUUAUGCAGCGCAACAAUAAUCCGUCGGGUGAGAUACCCAAGCUGUUGGAUGUGUUCACCUUUAAGGCACCGUUCUGGAUGGUCUCCAUCAUUUGUGUCGCUUACUAUGUGGCGAUUUUUCCAUUUAUUGCUCUCGGCCAGAAGUUCUUCAUGGAUCGCUUUGGUUUCACGCCCAAGCAGGCGAAUACAGUCGACUCGUUGGUCUAUCUCAUUGCGGCGGUGUCGUCGCCAAUCUUUGGCUUCAUCAUUGACAAAGUGGGACGGAAUGUGUCGUGGGUGUUUUGUGCCACAAUCACCACAAUUGGUGCACAUUUGCUGCUCACAUUUACCCAACUGACUCCGUAUUUGGGCAUGUCUAUAAUGGGUCUAUCGUAUUCGAUGUUGGCCGCCAGUCUUUGGCCACUGGUCGCGCUCAUCAUACCCGAAUUUCAGCUGGGCACCGCCUACGGCUUCUGUCAGUCCGUCCAGAAUCUCGGCCUGGCUGUCAUCACCAACAUUGCCGGCAUCAUUGUGGAUCACAGCAACCACGAUCACACUUGGGUGCAGCUUUUCUUCAUCGGUUGGCUAACAAUAGCGAUGAUUUCCACUUGCGUGAUUUAUGCCUACGACAAGAAGCAUCGUGGUAAUCUCAAUAUGACGCCCGCACAACGAUUAACCUUCGUCAAUUCGGCGAAUUAUCAGAACUUUGAAUAGAAAAAGUACUCCUCGAAAACAACAACUAAAUUGAGCGCUGCAGGAUGCGGGCGACUUCCCGUUAGACAUUUUUACGAUUAAACAUUAUAUUUACUAUGGUAGCUGAUGAUGAUGAUGAUAAUAUUGGUUAAUGAUCUUUGAUAAUGUGAUGAGCGUCUAUUGUGUCGCAAAAAAUAACUGGUAUUUAAUAACUGAAAUUGUUUGUCAAAUGAGUACACACACACACACACACACACACACACACAUAUCCAUAUAAUACCAAUAUAUAUAUAAAUAUACAUACAUUAAUUUUACGCUAUGUAUUUUUAGAGCAAUUUAUUAUUAACAACUUAUUGCAUGUUUUUUUUCUCGUGUACAUGUUUUACGUAUAAAUAAAUAUAUAUUUUUUGAAUACAAAAGAAAAAUAAAACUAUACAAAAAAAAAACGAGCAAUAUAAUUUAGUUAAUUACUAAAUUACGAAAUCAUUGAUAUUCCAUUUAAUUGUGCAAAAUAAUGUCUUUAAUUCAAUGAUUAUUAUUAUAUGUUUGUAUAUUGUAUUUGUGUACGAAUUGCACUUAUUUAACGGGCAGUUAUAUAGAUUUAUAUUGAAAUAUAGCAACACAAAUAAAUGAA